CUUGCUUGUUCACAUUCAUGCCACUUCCAGCAAACCAUAUACUAGCAUAGCAGCCAGAAAUAGAUACACAGAGCUUCUCAUCGAGGCUGCGGAGCCUCGCUCUCCCCUCCUCUACACUGUCAUCCAAAUCCAAUCCAAGAAGCUGAAAAGAGAUCGAUGGCCCAGCAGGAGAAUACUCUCGAUCGCCGGUGUGGUAGCAGAAGGUGGUGCUCCGGAUCUCCACCAUGACCGACGACAGGACGAAGCAGAAGGCCAUGGAGGCCGUCGCGGACAUCUACGGCAUCGACUCGAUCGCGGCGGACGUGAAGGAGAACAAGAUGACGGUGAUCGGCGACAUGGACACGGUGGCCGUCGCCAAGAAGCUGAAGAAGCUCGGCAAGGUCGACAUCGUCUCGGUGGGCCCAGCCAAGGAGGAGAAGAAGCCCGACAAGAAACCCGAGGAGAAGAAGCCGGAGGCGGCGGCGGGGAAGAAGGACGACAAGAAGUGAGCGCCGAGGCCGUCUGAAUACGUUUCCGGCUGAUUUGGAUUUGGAUGGACUCUCUAAUAAUAAUGGGCCCAAUACAUGAUAUAGAACAUUACAGCCCACAAGGGCACGUGGUUGCCUCUCUAAUUAGAGUAGUACCAACCCAAUACACUACUUAGAGGGUGUUUAGGAGUGAAGUUUUUUACAGUAGUUUUUAAAAAAUAAUGUAUUAUUCUUAAAUACUGCAGUAUUAUAUAUAGAAUAGCGUUUGACAAGCUAUCUAAAACUAUGUUUUCAAAA